AAAGUAACAUGGUGGCCACUUCCUCCUCAAACGGGAGCGGUGACGGGUGCGGCGGCUCCUGAGGCAGCGGCGGGCGCGGGGCGAAGCGGCGGGGCGGGGGCGGCGCGGCCGGCGGCUCGCUCGAGGGGCAGGGGCCGGCGUCAGGCUACUAUAUUUGGCUUUUUUCCAAAGGAGUUUCCAAUUACAGAAAGAGUUCUCUAACAAAGAAUGUUUCCAGGGCAGCAGAUGUUUCACUGAUUACAUAAUACUGAGCAUGGCUAACCUUUAAAGCUUUCCACUGGGGCAAACUGACUUUGGUGGUACCAAACUUGCCUUCAUUGGUUCCAGCUGCUUCUCAAGACUGUGUAGGUCAGUUCAGAAUUUGAGUUUUGGCCUCACAUAUCUGAAAUAUUGACAUAACCAUGAUAGAAGACAAAGGUCCACGAGUUGCUGACUAUUUCGUAGUGGCAGGGCUCACUAACACAGACACAUCAACUCUCCUGGACCAAGAAAUCAGCCGACAUGAAACAAAGUCAACUGGUCCCAAGGCUCCAAUUACUGACAUUGCUGUGAUAAUUAAAUCAGCUGGUGAAACUGUCCCAGAGGGAUAUACCUGUGUUGAGGCCACCCCUACAGCCCUCCAAGCCAAUUUAAACUAUGGAAGUCUAAAGAGUCCUGAACUUUUUCUGUGCUACAAGAGAGGCCGGGACAAACCACCUCUUACUGACAUCGGAGUUCUCUAUGAGGGGAAGGACCGUGUAAUAUCGGGCUGUGAGGUGAUUCAGGCUACUCCGUAUGGUCGUUGUGCUAACGUCAACAACAGCUCGGCUUCUUCGCAGCGCAUCUUCAUCACCUACCGAAGGGCCCCUCCAGUGCGACCCCAGAAUUCACUGGCAGUGACAGAUAUCUGUGUUAUUGUUACCAGCAAAGGGGAAACCCCUCCUCACACAUUCUGUAAAGUGGAUAAGAAUUUGAAUUGUGGCAUGUGGGGUUCCAGUGUAUACCUUUGUUACAAGAAGUCUGUGCCAGCUUCUAACUCUUUAGCAUAUAAAGCUGGCUUACUUUUCAGAUAUCCUCAAGAGAACUAUGAAUCAUUUCCACUGUCGGACUCUGUACCUCUCUUCUGCCUUCCUAUGGGAGCUACUAUUGAAUGCUGGGACCCUCAAACCAAAUAUCCACUACCAGUGUUCUCAACAUUUGUACUGACCUGCUCUUCAGCGGAAAAGGUUUACGGUGCUGCUAUCCAGUUUUAUGAGCCUUAUCCCCGAGAGCUGCUAACAGAAAAACAGCAAUCACAGCUGGGUCUUCUGACAACUGUAGAGAGAAAAGUGAUUACUUCCAAGUCCAUCAAUUCAAACAAAUGCAUCUGUCUUCUCUCACACUGGCCUUUCUUUGAAGCAUUUCGAAAAUUUCUUAUGUUCAUCUACAAACUCUCUGUAUCUGGACCUCAUCCUCUUCCCAUUGAAAAACAUAUAUCCCAUUUUAUGCACAAUAUACCUUUCCCUUCACCACAAAGGCCAAGGAUUCUUGUGCAGCUUUCUGCCCAUGAUGCAUUAAUAUUGUCACAGCCAGUUUCUACACCAUUGCCAUUAAGUGGAGCAAACUUUAGCACUCUGCUCAUGAAUCUUGGACCAGAAAACUGUGCCACUCUGUUGCUCUUUGUAUUACUAGAAGGCAAAAUUCUCCUCCAUUCCCUCAGGCCGGCUGUGUUGACAGGAGUUGCUGAAGCUGUAGUAGCUAUGAUAUUUCCAUUUCAGUGGCAAUGUCCAUAUAUCCCCCUCUGUCCUUUGUCUCUGGCCACCGUACUCAGUGCACCUCUUCCAUUUAUUGUUGGAGUUGAUUCACGAUACUUUGAUCUGUACGAUCCACCACAGGAUAUUGUGUGCAUUGACUUAGACACAAACAUGGUCUACAUAUCAGAUGAUAAGAAGAGCACCAACUGGAAGCAGUUCCCUAAAAAGCCAUGUAAAAGUCUUCUCAGCACCUUAAAGAAACUGCAUCCGCAGCUUGCAGCAGUUCACAGGAAGACUCAAGAAGGCUCUGCAGUGGAAAUGACUCCUAUAGAGGCAGAUUUCUCCUGGCAGAAGAAGAUGAUAGAACUUGAGAUGUUGAUCCAGGAAGCAUUUCUCCGUUUCAUGGCUUCUAUUUUGAAGGGUUACAGAACGUUCCUCAAGCCAAUCACACAGGCACCUUCAAAUAAAGCAACUGCUGCUGAUUCACUGUUUGAUCAUCAAGGAUUUUUAAAAAGCAGAGACCGGGCCUAUACAAAGUUUUACACACAUCUCACCAAGACACAGAUAUUCAGCCGCUUUAUUGAAGAGUGCAGUUUUGUGAGUGACAAGGAUACUGGCUUGGCAUUUUUUGAUGACUGCAUAGAAAAGCUCUUUCCAGAUAAAGGAACGGAAAAAGGAGAGAAGGUUGAUGUAGAUUCUGUUGAAGAUGCACGCUUGAUUGAGCUUGAUGAGUCACAAAAAAGUGAACACACAGUGUUCAUAAUGCCACCAGAACCACCUGCUGAUGAUGGACAGGACCGAGUGCCAAAAUACAGCUAUAAAAACUUCCCACGGCUAGAUUUCAAGCUCUUUGACAGGCCACAGGAGCUCAAGCUGUCCUUCAGCAGACACCCAGCUGGAAGCAGCAUUUCAAAUAGUCCAGCACUCAUGGCAAAGAGGACAAAACAGGAGAUAAAAACAGCCCAUAAAUUAGCCAAGAAAUAUUAUGUAAGCCCCUCCCAGUGGGCUAAGUGUCUCUUCAGUCAUAGUUACAGCCUAUGGUUUAUUUGCCUGCCAGCCUAUGUCAGAGUUGCACAUCCCAAGGUCAAAGCACUGCAACAGGCAUAUGAUGUUCUGAUUAAAAUGAGGAAAACUGAAGUGGAACCACUAGAUGAGGUCUGUUACAGAGUAGUAAUGCAGCUCUGUGGACUGUGGGGUCAGCCUGUUCAGGCUGUGAGAGUUCUUUUUGAAAUGAAAAAUGCUGGAAUACAGCCAAAUGCCAUCACCUAUGGUUAUUACAAUAAGGCGGUUUUAGAGUCUUCUUGGCCUAGUGGUAACCGCAGUGGCAUAUUCCUGUGGACAAAGGUACGAAAUGUAGUUCAUGGCACAGCGCAGUUUAGGCAGUGCCUGAAGAAAUCCAUGCAGAGCCCACAAGUGCCUGUGAUACCAGCUCUGCGGAGUCCCACGGGUGGAAGUGAUGGGGACAUGGUGAGCCAUGGUAGCGUGGAUAGUUCUAAUGAUGCUAACAGUGGGGAGCACACCCUCUUCGUCAGUGACUUAGUCAGGCUUGAUUCCGUUGAUAAUCACUCUAGCACAGGUGGUCAGUCAGACCAAGGUUACAGAUCCAAGGAUGAACUCUUGAGAGAUGGUGAGGAUAGUCUUCCUGCAACUGAAACACAAGUAGAGAAAGAUAUUUCUUCUAACCUUGAAGACUUAAUAGGAGAGAUUUCUACAGAAAAGUCUUAUGAAAAGCAACAGCUGAAUCCAGAAACUCCAAAUCCAGCUGAUCCACCUGCCUGGGGUAACAGUAUUGUGAAAGUUCCAUCAGGCAUUUUUGAUAGCAGUGGAAGGAAGAGCAGUGAUGAAACAGUUUCUAGCCCACUGUUCAUAACUCAGGAUUCAGUUGAAGAUACGGUCUUUGGUAAUGUUUCUCCUAAGAAAACAAGUGAAAAAAGACAGAAGAGACAAAAACUGUUUUCAGAGAGAAGCUGCAGUUUCAGCAGUGAAAGCAGAGCUGGAAUGCUGCUGAAAAAAGGCAGUUUGGACUUGCAUUCUAAAGAAAUAGCAAUAAUGAUGGGAGCAGAUGCCAAAAUCUUAACAGCAGCUUUAUCUGGGGCUAAAACUUCACCUAAAUCCCACAGCUUUGAAAAUAUCGCUGACCGGCAGGUUACUGACAUAAGUGGCACUUGGAGUGGUGUGACUGAGAGUGAUUGGGACCUAGAACAUAGGUCUUCACCAGUGCUGGAAGAACCUGGGGAAGGGCAGGAGGAUCUUGAGAAUGGAAGAGAUGGAAACAUUACCACAGUGGAAGACAUAAAUCUUGAACAGUCAGCUGAGUCUAAAAACCAGAAACCUGAAGCCAAAGAUGCAGCUGCUAAAAGAAAUAGCUUUUAUGGAGUGGUUAAGCCUAUUGAAAGGGAAGAUGUUGAAGUAGGCUUGGACCCUCUGUCUUUGCUAGCUUCUGACAGCACACAACCAGGUUAUGCAGAACCUGGGGAAAAGUUGAUGUCACCAGUUGCAGCACGUAAUUUGGCAGAUGAAAUAGAGAGCUAUAUGAAUUUGAAGAGCCCAUUGGGUAGUAAGUUUCCCAGCAUGGAACUGCACAAGUCAGAUAAGGAAGCAGAAGCUUCUGGUACACUUGGUCACUCCCAAGAAAGAAGGUCAAGCCUGCCUUUGGAUCCCAUCCUGCCAUCCUCCAAGUGUUAUGAAAAUCGAAGAAGUCCUUCUGUCUCCAGAUCCAAAACAUUCACUGUACGAUCAAAGCAACAAACUCACCCACAAGUUCAAAAGGAGCGGUCUUCGUCUUUGACAGGACUGGGUCGUUCUUCCCCACAUGGCUCAUUGGGAACUGUUGUAACAACUUUAUCCAAUCUGAAGUUAGACAAUAUACUGUCUGGACCAAAAAUUGAUGUUUUGAAAUCAGGCAUGAAGCAGGCUGCCAAUGUGGCCAGUAAGAUGUGGGGAGUGGUAACAUCAGCAUAUAGUUACUCAGAUGAUGAGGAAGAAAACCAUCGACCAGACUAUAACUUCCCUGUGGGCUUUGAAGAUAGUAUUUUAGGAGAUAAUCUGUCAUCAAGAACUGGAGUUCCAGGCCUACUUACAAAUGAACUUGCACAAAGCACUACUAGUCUUGGUAGUAGCAGCAGUGGUGGAGAUGUAGGAAGACAGCAUUACAGUGCAGGUGAAGUUUCAUUCCCAAAAAGUAUGAGAGUUCUAGAUUCUGAGAAAUCAGAGCACAGCUCUUCACAUAAUACUAGUUUAUCCAGCAUUUUCCAGAACUAUGCAAUGGAGGUUUUAAUGUCAAGCUGCUCUCAGUGUAGAGCUUGUGAUGCUUUGGUUUAUGAUGAAGAAAUCAUGGCUGGGUGGACAGCAGAUGACUCAAACCUGAACACUACUUGCCCUUUCUGUAAAAGUACCUUCCUACCUUUGCUUAAUGUUGAAUUUAAAGACCUUCGUGGCUCUGCAAGCUUUUUCCUGAAGCAAAGUACCUCAGGAGAUAGUUUACAGAGUGGCACCCUUCCAUUAACCACAGACCCUCUGGAGCAGAAACUGUUGACCAGUCCAGCCGUUGCUGACUUGAUCAGUUUUUCAGAUCACCUGCAGUCCAGCCACACCAUAGCUGAAGAAACCAGCUCUGCAGCUGAGCAGGGUGAUUUGACAGAAGAACAGACUACAGAUCCCACCACCAUGAAGACACAUGCCAAUAAUCCACCAAAAAGGGGGGUGUCCUUGACUCGGAGCCACAGUGUGGGAGGUCCACUGCAAAACAUUGAUCUCUCUCAGAGACCGUCUCAUGGCAUUUCAACAGUUAGUCUUCCAAAUAGUUUGCAGGAAGCUGUGGAUCCUUUAAUAAAACAACGUAACCCUGCCCCUGUAUCUGUACCCUACUUGAGCCCCUUGGUACUGCGUAAGGAGCUUGAAUCACUCCUGGAAAAUGAGGGAGAACAAGUAAUUCAUACAUCCAAAUUCAUCAAUCAACACCCCAUAAUCUUCUGGAACCUAGUCUGGUAUUUCCAACGGUUGGAUCUGCCCAGCAACUUACCUGGACUCAUUCUGACAUCUGAGCACUGCAAUGGGGGAGUGCAGCUUCCUUUGACAUCUCUUGCUCAAGAUAGCAAGCUAGUAUACAUCCAUCUUCUAUGGGACAAUAUCAACCUCCACCAAGAGCCGGGGGAGCCCCUAUAUAUAUCUUGGAGAAAUCUCAAUUCUUCUGAAAAAAAACCCUCCACACUGGUAGAAAAUCAGCAGGCAACAAACACAUUGUUGGAGAACAUCAAACUAAGUAUUCAACACAAUGAUGUUAUGAAGCCAAUCGACCUCCUCCUACAGAAAGUUAAGCCAGAUGUGAAACGACAGAGGAGUUUUUACAGGGAAAUUCUUUUCCUGUCUCUGGUGUCUCUUGGAAGAGAAAACAUUGACAUUGAGGUCUUUGAUAGUGAAUACAGACUUGCACUUAAAAAAUUACCAAAGGAAGUUCUUGAAAAGAUGCAGAGAAUAGAUGUUCCACCAAGCAGCAGGGUUGAGUGCUGCAGGAAGUGGUUUGGAGCACCUUUAAUAUAAAAGUAAGGAAGACAUACACCAUAUUUCGGAGAGACAAAAGCAGAGCUGAACAAACCCAAGAGCAUGGUGACAUAUACACUUUUGAGUCUCAAAAGGUGUUAAUUGAGCAAUUUGUCAAAUCAGUUUCAUUGAACUGCAACAUGUAUUCUUCUCAUUCAUCUCAUGGGCGCAUUGUAAAAUCUUCCAAAAUGUUUUAAAAUUAUGAAUUUGUUUCAGUGGUUGAUCUGCUUUUCCCAAACAUAAAUUCUUUAAUUUCCUCAAAAUUUUCCUCCACGAUAUCAAGUUACUCAAAAAGCUGAUGAUGAAACAGCAGUCUAUAUUUGGUGACUUUCUUCAGGGCCACCAAUAUUGGUGUAUUUUAAUGAAGUACUUUUCCAGGGCUCAGAUUCUCCAUGCUUCUUUAAAAUGACCUUUACCUCUAGAGGGGUCCUUUUAUUAAUGUGUGGUAUGGUUGUAUGAAUGGAAAUAUUUGACACCUUGGAUUGGAAGCUGCAAUGCAGUUGCUUUCAUCCAAUAGUACAUUAAAUUUCAUCAGACAGUACAUUAAAUUGCUACCCUUUCCCUGACUCUUGUCCCAGUCAGUAUCCUGAAUUACCUUUGCUGACCUUUUCAAAAUGCGUAUCUACAGCUGUGAGAAAACAAAGACUUACACUCAACUUUCCUGUAUUCUCUAUCUGAUAAACUAUAAGGUUCUGUAAAUGUACUGGCUGCUUUCUCCAAAGAAGGAUAAGCUUCUACACAAAGCAGCUCAGAAAUGGAUGGCAUUCUCAAAAUUAAGUAGGAAGCUCUAAUGGUAUUAGAAUACACACAAGAAUUGUCAACAGACACUGCCUGAAAAAAAAAAUUAUGCUUUAUACUAUUUGCAUGUGUGUUUAAGAGGUGUCCUCCUUGAAUUCUUUAUCACCCUCUCCCUUGGUUUUAUACUAGCCUGUGGGUUAAUUAUUUUGCACUGAUAGUCCAGAUUCAAUAUUUCAAUUAAGAUGUAUUUAUAAAUGUGGUCUUCAAGUGUAUAUUAGCAGAAAUGAAGUGCUUAUGUGUAUGAUCUGAAAAGAUGUAUCCAUCUUUUGUAUUGCUUCUAGUAGAUAAGUGUCUUGGUUUCGGACUGGGCACAAUGCCAGUGCCUCCAUGAAAACACAUCCACGUGGUGCCUACUGUGAGAUGUGACCAGAAACAGAGCAAGCAAACACCAAUUUAGGAAUAAAAGGAAAAAAACUUUAUUAACACACACACACACACACACA